AUGACUAGCCAAAUUUAAAAACCAUGCGUGAUCAUUCCAUUACCCAAACAAGUCUAGAAGUAGUGCCUCUAAUAUUACACCACUUGAAUUUGUCCUUACAAACAAAGAAACCCCGGUAACCCAAACUCUGUCCUUACCUAAACAACCAAUUCACACAUUUUCAAAUUUCAAAGCUCCCCUUCUUCCUUUAUAAACAGCUAUUCCUAGCUCUUAAAACAAUCACACCAUUCAAGUGAACACAAAUUAAGUUCUACAUUAAUGGCGGAAGAGUGUAAAACAACACCACCAGCACUAGUAGCAGGGCUAGAAAUGGGGACAAUGAGUGGUCCAUUGGCAUCACCUUCUCCGUUUUCGAUAAGUCGAAAGGUGAGGCCUGCUAUGGUUGAUGGUGUUCAUGUAAUGCUUCGGCUGCUUUGUUUGGUGAGUUCAAUGGUGGGAUUGUCUUUGAUGGUUACUGCUAAACAAUCGUCAACUUUAUCACUUUAUGGAUUUCAGCUCCCUGUUUACUCCCACUGGUCUUUUUCUGACUCUUUUGAGUAUUUGGUUGGAGUUUCAGCAACAGUAGCUGCUCACUCUUUACUUCAAUUGUUGAUUAGUGCGGCGAGGUUGCAAAAGAAGGUUGUUGUUAUUCCCUCUCAGAAAUAUGCUUGGGUUAUCUAUGCUGGUGAUCAGAUAUUUGCAUAUGCAAUGAUGAGUGCAGGCUCAGCUGCUUCAGGGGUGACUAGCCUGAAUCGAACAGGAAUUCGACACACAGCUCUGCCUAAUUUCUGCAAGCCUCUGCACGUCUUCUGUGACCGAGUUGCUGCCUCCAUUGCGUUCACCUUCCUGAGUUGCAUCUUGCUCGCUGCCUCUGCUGUUCUUGAUGUUAUUUGGUUAACAUGUUACUGACUUAUCUUGUUUGUACUCGCUCUUGGUUUUAACCGCGAUUAUUAUGUACUCGUAAAUUGAGGAACGCUAGUGAUAUAUCUAUUCUGGUAGCCGGGUAGUCAGUCUUUUUAUAUUUCAUUACUCUGGUGAUUGUUGUAAAUGUUGGGAAUUUGGGAUUAGUAUUCUCAACUGAGAAAAUAUGAAGCAAAUAGCACUAGCAGUGGCUGAAGCUUCUUGAAUUAUUGACUUAUGGAACAAUAUGUACUACUUUAACAUGUCCUACCAUUGAUGAAAGUUAUGUACUUAUUACAAAAGCUUGUUUUUAAGAAGAAAAAUUAUUACCAUAAAUUGUCCAAUGUUAAA